GAAUGGUUUUGUGAGAAGGGCUUUGGCAUAGCUAUCUGUGGCACCAUAGAGCAGCGGGGCAUGUGAAGAAUACUAAACUCGAACAACAACACAGUACACAACACGACAACUGUGAGACUCAAUGGAGAGUAUCAAUGCCAAAUACAUAUCACAGAAAAUCAGUAAGACGCGCUGGAUGCCCGUUUCUGCGGCUUCAUUACAACAACCUGAAGUGUUCGCGACAGGAUCAUGGGACAACGAGAAUAACAGAGUGUCAGUGUGGUCGGUGGAGGAUCAUGGAGUGUCACAGAUGGAUGGAGAGUUUGAUGAAGAUCCUCAGUUACUGUGUGAGUUUCAGCACGUUGGGGAUGUCAUGGAUCUACAGUUUCUAGAUCAAGGCAGGCUUGUUUCUGCAUCAUCAAGUGGGGCUGUGACCAUCUAUAAACUUCAGUCUGACUGUCAGGCUUUGUCAAUAGCUCAUGUGUGGGAGAGAGCUCAUAAGUAUUCCUGUGAUAAUGCACCUUGCACAGCAGUAGUGUGCAGAAGUCCUGAAAUAGUGUCCGUGGGGGAGGACGGUCGAAUUAUUCUUUACAAGGCAGAUCAGACUGAAGUUAUCAGAGUUAUUGAGAAUGCAGACAGCAGUACGAUUCAUGGCGUGACAUUUGUGAGGGCGACUGAAGUUCUCACUGUAAACUCCAUCGGCCAGCUGAAGAUGUGGGACUUCAGGCAGCAGAGUGACAGUCCUGCACAAAUUCUCUCUCUCACUGGAGAUCGAGUGCCCUUACACUGUGUGGAUAAACACCCAAACCAGCAGCACAUCGUGGCCACAGGAGGGCAGGAUGGGAUGCUGUGUAUCUGGGAUGUGAGACAGGGCAACAUGCCCUUCUCUCUAAUAGAGGCCCAUUCUGCAGAAAUGUGGGAAGUACACUUUCAUCCUUCAAACCCCAAUCACUUGUUCACUUGCUCGGAGGAUGGAUCUCUGCUACACUGGGAGACGACUUCAGGAUCAGACAUGAGCUCACUCCUACAGAGGGGCUGGAACAGCAGAGUCAUCUCGCAUAGUGCCGUAUCACAGCCGGGGGAGAACGAGUCUGUGGUCAGCGCCUGGCUGACUGGAGACUCAAGCAAAAGUCGUCUGGAAGCGACUCACAUGCUGCCCGGACAAACACUGUCUGUUAAUAGUCUUGAUGUGCUUGAGCAGUGCUUAGUAUGUGGCACUGAUGGGGAGGCAGUGUACAUCCAUAGACAGGUCCCUGUGUGAUAUAUGAAAGAAAUGCUUGUAAUAUUUUUUAUAUAUAUACUACAUUUAUUUGUUCAGUUGAUUAAAACUAAACAUGAAUGAUUUAGUCAUUAAAAUGGCAAUGUUUGCAA